UUACACUAACUAACUAAUUAAAAAAAAAUUAUUUUGAUAACUCAAUAAAAGUAGUGUAAAAAAGCAAGAAAAAUGCAGGUAAAGAAGAUAAGUACCAUAGCUUAUAUGUUAGUUAUGGUUUUCUAUGGGGUAUUCACAUUAAUUCUAAGUAUUUUUGCCUUUACAAAGUUUUCUGAUACAAGCUAGUAUUAUGAUAAUAUUGUGACUAACUUAUAGUAAAUUCCUAUAGUUGAUGUAUAAAGCAAGUCAACUUAGAAUUGUGACUCAGAUUACAGUUCUUUGUUUAAUUGGAAUUGGGAAGGCAUGUUCAAUGGCUGUGACUGCACUAAAACAACUGACUGGAAAAUUUAGAAGAAGAUGUAUCGCGGUUUAUGCACAGGUAAUAUGAUUAUUCAUGCCUGCGUAAACGCUUCAGGUAUUAAAGCCUAACCUUUUAACUUUUUUGAAGGAACUGCAAACACCUAAAUGAAUGUAUGCAUAAAAAGAGGCUCAAGUUAAUAUGCAUAUUAUAAGGUUGCCGAUUAGUAGAAAGGAGUUUAAUGUGUAGGUAGAAAGCUAUGUGGUAACUUAGCAUAUCCUAAAAGUGUUUUUUGUGUAGCUUUGACUGAUCCUUGUCCGGUUUAUGAUAUAUAAGUUUCUUCAACUAAAGCUGAUUCUAGAUUUAUUGGAUAUUAAGUAGCUAAUCUUCCUAACGGCAAUUAUCUUUAUUAUGAUAAUCUUGGUACAACUGCUACGAAAGAGCCUUUGAGUGAAUUUAGACUAACACAAGGAGAAGGAGUCUGUCAAUUCGUAAAUACUUAGAAAAAUAAACCAUCUGGAUAAUAAGAUUAUGUCCUAUCAAAAUCCAAUAGAACAUCAUGCUCUACUUAUGAUCCCACAUUUGUCUAAAAUGGAUUCUCUAUACCCGAAAAUAGAUAUUAUAUCCUAAAUAUGAAUCCAACUGAUUAUACAACUCUCACUAAGUAUCCAGGAAUUUAAAUCCCAAGCUCAACUUCUUAAUUUUAUACUUUCCAAAGAAACUAUUUAUCAUGGAAUAUUACAAACAGAAAUUUAAUGAAAGAUUUUGUUGAAGCAUCAAGCUCUUUAAAUGAUUUAUAUAAAGCUUAACUAGUUGUAAUGAUUAUCAACAUAUUUGUUUGCUUAAUCGUAUCUAUUAUCCUAAAUGUUUUAGAACUACUAGGUCUACUGGGCAAAGAUGUUUCUUGCAUCAAUGGAUAGGCUAAAAUUAAAAAAAUCAAAAUGGCGCUAUCUUACGGAGCAAAAAUUUUGUAAACUCCUUUUCUCCUGUGGGUAUUUAUACUCUCAGCUCAAAAAAAAAGUAUUAUUUCUGAGGUUGCAAAUGCUGCACCAAUGGAUUCCACAUUUAAUUCAUAAAUAUCUUCAUUUUCAACUUCAUUAGAAGAUUCAGUUUACAAAAAUAAUUUAAUUUCCCUCAUUGUGCUUGGACUUAUCAUCUUAUUAGACAUACUUUUGUUUUUAAUAUCUAAAUGCUGCUCUAAAAAUAGUCCUGAUACAUAUGCUGAAUCUGAAAAAUUUAAUUUUUCUGAAAAUUAGAAACCUGAAAAUUAAAACUAAUUCCCUAUGCAAUAAUAGCCUUAACAUUCUAAUAUACAAAUGCAAAAUGUAUAACCUAGUGUUAAUUAAGGUUAUCCUGUUCCUUUACCAGUUACUUAUUAGCCUAGCUAUAUUUAGUAAUAGCCUAUAUAAUAAUAACCAGUAUACGCCUAGCCUAUGUAAUAGUAAUAACAAUACGUUUAACCAGUGCAAUACAAUUAACCUGCUAAACAAGUAAUCUUCGUCUAACCAGAUUAAUAAGGUUAAAAUUACUAUUGA